AUGUACUUCUUCCAUCUCGUCCUACUUCCCGAGGAUGUGGAGCACAUCAAGGCAUGGCUGCUGCACUACUACCCCACCGAAUUAGCGAUGGAGAUCAUUCACUUCGAUGCAUCGCUGGUAGAGGGCAAUGUACGCGUGCGUGGCAAGAGGAAAGAACUGGGAUCGCCCCUAAACUUCGCACGGUUCUGGUUGCCGGACCUCUUACCAGACAUUACGCAGGAACGUAUUCUGUACCUGGAUGAUGAUACGCUGGUGAGGGGUAAUCUGCGAGAGAUGCGGGACCUCACUCUACAACCAGGGCAUGUCGCCGCCUUUGUGCCGGACACAGUCAAUAAGAUGAAGAUGUUUCUCAACUUCGACAAUCCCAAGGUGGUGGGCACGCGGAUAAAGAAGAAUGCUAUGGCGUUUAAUGCGGGUGUAUUCCUGGCGGACAUGCAGGAGUGGAGGAGGCAAGCUAUCACCCCGAAAUUGCUAUUCUGGUCACGCCUGAAUGUGGAAGAAGACGUGUACGGUGCGAGGGGCGGUGGCGGUGCUUCUCAGCCUCCCAUGUUGAUCGCAUUUGACAAAGUAUCAUCCGCGCUGCCAGAAAGAUGGCAUAUGCGACAUUUUGGAUGGAAGAAGGCGCAGACAUACACAACUGAGGAUGUUCGCGGGGGAAAGCUUCUUCACUUCAACGGAGGCGAUAAGCCAUGGGUUCACAGGAGUAAAUGGUUCUUGCUAUGGUACAAGUACUUUCUCGAGGAUCCAUCGGGUGAGUGGGACAUCCGCCCAGACGCGCGCGAGAGUGCACAAGUGGAGAUAGAAGCUGUAGUGAACGGACAGCUUGACAGGGCGCUGACGGCGAUGUCGGAUGCCAAAAGAUCUGUCCAUAAACACCACAUCAUCACACCAGCGAGACCGGGAAGAAUCGCAAACCCUAACGCUUUUUUAGACUCGAUCUACGAAAAGACUCUGUUAAGGACGCUUCACGAUUCCAUUGCGGAACGCGUGUUGGAGGAGAGGGGCCUGGGCUGAUCGAGAGCAAACUAGCAAAUAAACUAAUGAUUUUUACAUGGUUGGAAGGUUUGCUACAGCGAUUUCCAAAAAAAAAAAAAUCGAGAGGCCAGUAUGUGAUUGUGCAGUGAAGAGGAAGGUACAGUGAAAGCUUAGUGUCAAUAUGCUAGACAACGUAUAAGAAGCAAAGUGACGAAGAUGGCAGAUUUUAUACUUCUAUCGGUACUAUUUCUCGAAGAUUGGCAGAUUACUAUUCUUCAAGGCUGAGGAAUAAAAAUUUACCUAUUUGCUAGUAUUUCCACACGAUAUAUAUG